GGUUUUACUGGCACAAGCUGGCAGAAGGGGGGGUGGCUGUGAUCUCCCACCACGCUCAGGAUUUGGGCAUCUGAGGUGUUGGCGGCGCAGGCCGUGUGUCGCUUUUGGGAAGCAGAAACAGUGAGGGGCACGGAGUCGAGACGUGUGACGGACUCUCGGGCCACACCAGCGGAGCGACGUGAGCAAAGAAAGAAGGGCAGGUAAACAUGCAGCCAUAGCCGAGGCAACGCCCCCCGCCCCCCUUCCCGGUGUCUCAUCAUUUUGAUGCUUCUCCACCCCCCCCGGUGUUGCCAUGGAGACGGUUGUCAUCGUAGCGAUUGGCGUGCUGGCCACCAUCUUCCUGGCGUCGUUUGUGGCCCUGGUGGUCGUCUGCAGACAGCGCUACUGCCGCCCCGCCGACCUGCUGCAGCACUUCAACUCCAAGCCCACAGUGGAUCUCAUCAGCGCCAUGGAAACCCAGAGUGAGCCCUCAGAGCUUGAACUGGACGACGUGGUCAUCACCAACCCUCACAUUGAGGCCAUCCUGGAGAACGAGGACUGGAUCGAGGACGCCUCGGGUCUCGUCUCCCACUGCAUCGCCAUCCUCAAGAUCUGCCACACCCUGACCGAGAAGCUGGUUGCUAUGACGAUGGGGUCAGGCGCCAAAGUCAAAGCCCCGGCGAGUCUCAGUGACAUCAUCAUGGUGGCCAAGAGGAUCAGCCCCCGGGUGGACGACGUGGUGCGAUCGAUGUACCCGCCGCUGGACCCUAAGCUGCUUGAUGCCAGGGCCACAGCUCUCCUGUUAUCAGUCAGCCACUUAGUUCUGGUGACCAGGAAUGCCUGCCACAUGUCCGGGGCGAUGGACUGGAUCGAUCAGUCACUCAACGCAGCCGAGGACCACAUCACCAUCCUGCGGGAAGCUGCCCUGGCGUCGGAGCCCGAGCGAAACCCAUUGACGUGCGAUUCCUUUCUCCAGCAGCAGUCGGCCAUUUAGUGGGAGCCUGAAGUCGAGACCCCAGAGAGUGGACCCGGUGGGCCUCGCAACUCCUCGUUGCACCCGUCCAUAGCUAGCAGCGUCCAGUUUGCCAACUUUGAUGACUUCCAGUUUCUCCCGCCGAGCCUGAUGCCCGCUGGACACUUGUGAAGGGUCUUUCGAAACUAAGCAUGAGCGCCAUCUUGUGGUCAAAAUGCCAAGGACUACCAUCCACUCCAAUUCGUCCUGCAGAAUCUGAGAAGGGUGGGCUGACCACUGGAGGGGCUUGGGGUGCAGAGGACCUGGUGGCAAAGCGGGGGGGGGGCAUUUGAAGGUGAAACCUCAUUUGACACUCCAGAGUGGGCCGAGCUUCCCAGGUGAUGUUCUUCAGUGCCACCGUCAUCCAGUUCUGAUGUCAACUUGCUGUCACCCCCUGCAGGAGAAACUCCAGUAAAAGCCAAGGUUCUGCCACAAGAUGGUGCUCCGUGACCUGUUCAUGGACUCCGUGGGUGCCCCUGGUGGGGGGCUAAGAGGCGGACCCCCUUGUCUCGACAGGACACUCCCAGGAUGCCGCUCAGCUGCUCCUUUCUUUUUCUUUUUGUUUUUUCUUGUUACGCAGACAGAGAAUGUCGCCCUCCAGUGACUCCUUUGUGUAACUGCAGCUAAUCCUCUCCGCGUUUGCCGUUCUUCUCCAUUCCUGCUCACCCAGUUGUAUUUUUUCCUUUUUUUAGCACAUAAAGGACUGAGUGCCGACGCGCGAUGGCGUUGUGUGUUUCUUGGGCCUGCGCUGCCUGCCAUCAUGGGCU